GAGGGGCGAGGCUUCAGCAGAGUCGGGAGAUUCGUCAAUCUACAUACAGAUUGUCGCUCAGCCAACCGGGACCACGUAGGAGUGCAUAUUACUUUUUUGUUUCUAUUUUGACUGCUUUAACAUCGAAUUGAAGCUUGGAAAUGAUGGAAAAUGAAUGAACACCAGGGGGUUAUUUUUGGAGGGGUCUUCUUGACUAAGAUAUGCACACCGAAGGGCGUUUACCGUGUUUUUUUCAGUGUGUUUUUCCUAACAGGUAGUGAGCCUCAGCGGUCAGUCAGUGUGGCUCUAUAAGCAGACUGAAUAUCCCGCGUUGUAAUCUCUUGACAGCCUUUUUAACCCAUCUUUGGAUCGACGGAGGUUUUUAACUAACACCCCACUCAUUUCGGAGACAUGGACAGUGUGUUGUUUUGGUCAUUUCGGAGUAGUUUUCUUAAUUUGUAACAGCCUCUGAUGGACAUGAAGAAGGAAGACGGUGUGGAUUAGGAUCUUUUUCUUUUCUUUUCUUUUCUUUUUGACUUCAUUGUCAUCUCAAUGCGGUCUCAGAAGGACUCCUUCCUCCUCUGCGGUUUGAAAUGAAAUGAUGGCAGCCCGUUGGAGCGAUUCACCACAGGACAAUGAAGAGAGUAAACACAGAGCUGUAACUUCACCUUGUGAGGCCAAGCAAAAGGAUGGGCGCGAUCAGAGCGAGGCAUCAGCCACGGCUUCUCCCGGGACAGAGGAGGAGCCUUUCUCCUGGCCAGGGCCCAAGACGCUUCACCUGCGCCGUACCUCCCAGGGCUUCGGCUUCACGCUGCGACAUUUCAUCGUCUACCCGCCCGAGUCUGCUGUCCACAACUCUCUGAAGGAUGAAGAGAACGGUAGCCGAGGGAGACAGAGGAACCGUCUCGAGCCAAUGGACACCAUUUUCGUUAAGCAAGUGAAGGAGGGUGGCCCCGCCCACAGAGCUGGACUCUGUACAGAAGUGGAGGUGAUAGCUGAAGCUCUGCGCUCUGUGCUGUCAGCAUUAUUGCCAGGGGACCGGAUAGUGAAGGUGAAUGGAGAGAGCAUCAUUGGGAAGACCUACUCGCAAGUCAUAGCUUUGAUCCAGAACAGCGAUGCCUCACUGGAGCUCUGUGUGAUGCCAAAGGAUGAGGACAUAUUGCAGCUGUUUUCCAGGGAUAUCACUGCUCUGGCGUAUUCCCAGGAUGCAUACCUCAAAGGAAAUGAGGCAUACAGCGGAAAUGCCCAAAACAUCCCUGAGCCCCCUCCUAUCUGCUACCCUCGGAUAGAAGUUAAGGCUGCGGGCAUGGCUCAGACAUCAGAGCCCGCCAUAGUCAGUGAGACUCCCCGAGGGCUGGCUCAGGGACAAGGAAGAAGAGGAGGGGCCACAGAAAAGAGCUACAGGGUGGAAAUUCCUGUCCCACCAUCUCCUCCACACCAACAGACGUCAAAAUCACAGACAGUGGUUUGCGUCUGUAAUGAGAAUGUUAGGACGGUGGCCGUGCCUCUUGAUCCAGUUGACAGAGGGUCUCGCGUGGCUCGGGCUGGACCCAGUCACAGGACAGAGGAAAACCGGUAUGGUCCUUCAGCAGAUUCUGGCUCAGCACGACCCAAACCUCUUAUUUCCUCAGUACCUGGGGGUGCACAGUUGCAGUACCCCUCCUCCCGUUCCACAGAAACCCCAAUCUACUCCCCUUCCUCAAGUUCUAGACCUGUCCCCAUCUAUCCUGACAAAUUAUCUCCACCUGUACAGGCUUCUCUUUCCCCUGCCUCACCGGACAAGUUCUCCACUGCCAUCUCACCCAAUGCCAACCACUAUUCACCCUCUCCCACAGCUCCUUCCACCUCUCCACACCAGAACAUUGACUGGAAAAACUACACAACCUAUAAGGACUAUAUUGAUGCCAAGAGGCUGCACACAUAUGGCUCCCGUACUAUCCAAGAGCGCUUGGACAGCUUACGUGCAGCUGCCAGUUCCAGCUCUGCCUAUGCCCAGCAACGUACAGCACCUCCACUUAAUACCAGUCAAAGAGGGACACUGGGUUUCCAGGUCAAACGGAGAAGUACAUCCACUGAGCGCGGGGUAGAUGCAAGCAGCCCGGGUACUACAGUGACUCCAUUACGUAGUGUCUCCCAAGAGAGGCUUGGAGGCGGCACAGAGAGAACUAUACCAAUCAGGAAUUGGCCUCGGAGUGCCUCUGAGGAUGCUUUGCCUUUUUCCACCCCCACCGGCGUCACCCAGCCUAGGGCAAGAUCUUGUGACUACCUGGGUCAGCAGCCUGGAGAUUCAGAUGGGCCUGCCUUUGGAAAUAGAGGAGGGUUGGAGGACAGGGCGCUGCUGUGCCAGGGAGAGGAAGCCAGAAGUAGCAGACAGGCAGCAGGCCUGAGAGCUUUACCUCAUUUGAACAGGAGUCUUGCUGGGCGGGAGGAAGAAGGACGUGGAAGUGGAUUAACUUACUCGCCGUUAGCUGCUCCUGUGUUUACUAAAGGUACAACAGAUUCUGUGCUAACAUCAAGGACAGACACUGUCAUCAUGAGACCAUCACGUCUUCCUGUCAAAAACUCCAUUUCAGACCCCUCAUCUGCCUUAUCCUCCACUAAAACCACAGACCCUCUAAAAGACCAAAGAGCUAAUGUCACGGGCAACCACCUGGGGUACCCUUCCCCUCUGCACCUGCAGCUCAGAGGCAGAGCUGACAGUCUGAAAAUGGAGAGCAGGUCAGAGGCUGGGUUGACUGCCAGGUCCUCCUCCUGCUCAGGUCCUCCCUCUAAACUGCCCAUGCAGAGACACUUACAAAGUAUAGUUGGUGUCUCUUCUUCUGGUUCCUCCACCACUAAUGGAGCUGUGACCCAAAAGCCAGAAGCCAACUCCCCCAUACGAACUAACGGCGGUCUUGCAGAGGGUGUAGAAGGACCGGAUGCAACAGUUGUUGUCUUAAGAAGGGACAAGAACUCUGGAGCUCCUCACAUUCGUCCUCCAUCCUAUGUUCUAGCUGUUAAUGACAACCAGAGAGGAGUGACUCAUAAGUCGCCACCACUGGUGAAGGCAGGCUCUGCAGAUGGAGCUGUACACUGGAUGUCUAAUAACAGCUCUACAGAGAGGCAUCUAAGAAGGCUUGGAGACACACGACAAAAGUCUGGCUCCAACAACUUAGAUGACUCCCUAGAUUCAAUCCCGUUCAUAGAUGAACCAUCUAGCCCCAGUAUUGACCAGGACAGCACACACAUUCUUGCCUCUGCUGUGAUAUCUGGAGCGCCCAUCAUCACCACCAUCCCACCCAGCCCCACUUCUCCGUCCCCUCUCAUUCGACGCCAGCUCUCACAUGACCAAGAUUCUCUCCGUCUCACAAUUAUUGAGUCAGAUUCUGGUACUAAAACGGAGCGAUCCAAGUCAUAUGAUGAAGGCCUGGAUAACUAUCGGGAAGAAAGCAGAGGGAGGUCCUUAAUACCUGGUCUGAAAAGUCUUAGGAAGGCUGUGGACAGGUCAUCUGAAGAUUCAGGAUCCAGGAGGGAUUCUUCAUCAGACGUCUUCUGUGACGCCACCAAGGAGGGUUUGCUGCAUUUCAAGCAGCUCAGCUCAGACAAGGGCAAGCGUGUCGGCGGGGGUAUGCGCCCGUGGAAACAGAUGUAUGCCGUGUUGAGAGGCCACUACCUCUGCCUUUAUAAAGACAAAAAGGAGGGGCAUGCUCAUGCCAACUGCCAAACAGUGGAUGAGCCCCUGCCAAUCAGCAUCAAGGCCUGUCUGAUUGACAUCUCAUACAGCGACACAAAGCGCAAGAAUGUGCUGCGGCUGACCACAUCGGACUGUGAGUACCUGUUCCAGGCUGAGGACAGAGAGGAUAUGCUGGCCUGGAUUAGAGUCAUACAAGAGAACAGCAGCCUGGAUGAGGAGAACGCGGUCUUCACCAGCCAUGACCUCAUCAGCAGGAAGAUCAAGGAGUACAACACCUUGAUGAGCCCGACGGGCAGCAAGACAGAGCCUUCGCCCAAACCCUCACGCCAGUCGCUGAGCAUCAGACAUACGCUGCUGGGAGGUAAAGGAGAGACCAAAGCAACGAGUCCGCACUCACCCAAACCUGAGCAGGAGAGGAAGAACAUGCAUAAAGAUGACACCAGCCCUCCCAAGGACAAAGGAACCUGGAGGAAGGGCAUCCCAGGGCUGAUGAGGAAACCUUUCGAGAAGAAGCCAUCUCCUGGAGUCACGUUUGGAGUGAGGCUGGAUGACUGUCCUCCUGCACAGAACAACAAGUUUGUGCCUCUGAUUGUGGAUGUCUGCUGUAAGCUGGUAGAAGAGAGGGGGCUAGAGUACACAGGAAUCUACAGAGUGCCAGGGAACAACGCUGCAAUCUCCAACAUGCAGGAGGAACUCAAUAACAAGGGCAUGAACGACAUUGAUAUCCACGAUGAUAAAUGGAGGGACCUUAAUGUGAUCAGCAGUUUACUCAAGUCCUUCUUCCGAAAACUUCCAGAGCCGUUGUUCACAAAUGAGAAGUAUGCAGAUUUUAUAGAAGCCAACAGAACAGAAGACCCAGUGGAGAGGCUCAAAGUGCUCAAGAGACUGCUUCAUGAGUUGCCAGAUCAUCAUUAUGAGACUCUAAAGUUCCUCUCAGCUCAUCUGAAAACGGUGGCUGAAAAUUCAGAGAAGAAUAAGAUGGAACCAAGGAACCUAGCCAUUGUGUUUGGUCCAACUCUGGUGCGGACCACAGAGGACAACAUGACCCAUAUGGUGACACACAUGCCAGACCAGUACAGGAUAGUGGAGACCCUCAUUCAAAAUUAUGACUGGUUUUUCACUGAAGAGGGAAAUGGAGAUCCAGUGACCGUGUCCCAGGAGGAGAGCGCAGUGGAGUCUCAGCCCGUCCCCAACAUCGACCACCUGCUCACCAACAUCGGCCGUACGGGCACAUCGCAGGGUGAAGUAUCAGAUUCACCAACUAGUGACUCAGCUAAAUCAAAGGGUUCCUGGGGCUCAGGGAAGGACCAGUGCAGCCGAGAGCUCCUGGUCUCCUCCAUCUUUGCUGCAGCCAACCGCAAAAGAAAGAAGUCAAAGGAGAAGCCUCAGCCUAGCAGUUCAGAUGAUGAUUUAGAUGCUGUGUUCCCCAAAAAGGAAAUCCCUGGUCAGAAGCCAAACCACCACAGCCUCCAGACCGAGGUACAGAGCGAAAGUCGUCCUGGCCCCAAUGCUAAACCCAAUCCAAAGCAACCAGUACGAGUAGAGGAAAGGAAAGAGAAUGGAAGAACUGUGGAGCUCACGCCUAAAGCUAAGAGAGAGCACAGAAACUCCUUAUUCAUGAAGGAGAAGACUCCGUCCAGACACCCCCCACCUUCCCCCUCGCCAUCCCCACAAAUCUCUGGCUCCCAAGCAGUUCCUCAGGGAAAAUCCUCCUUGUCGGAUCCUCCAUCCCAGCUUGAUGAAAACACCUCAGACCUCGGGACCAUGAGCUCUGGAGCAUCAAUGCCGCGGUCGAGACCAAAAAAGUGGAGUGCAGGAACAUCAGCUGAUUUUCCUGCAGGAGCAUGUGUCGGAUUGGGAGCAGGUCCAGGGGCAUCUGCUGGUGCGGAGGUGAGCUCCAUCACCUCUGACUACUCCACCACUUCUUCCAUCACAUUCUUGACUGGUGCAGAGUCCAGCGCACUGAGUCCAGAGCUGCAAGGCGGGGAGGAGGCAGAUGAUGAACGCAGCGAGCUCAUUAGUGAAGGCCGACCCAUGGAGACAGACAGUGAAAGUGACUUUCCAGUUUUUGCUCCAGGCGGUGGCAGCAGCCAGUCUACACCCUGCCCAGAGCAAAGUCUGGAAAAGAGUGGACCACGAAGAGGUGGAGCAGCCGAGGGGAGCACCACACCAAAACUGGAAGCGCGGCGCCUUUUCCCGUCGCACAGGAUGAUUGAGUGCGACACGCUCUCUAGAAGGUGGUCCCUGAGACAUAAGACAGACAGUGAGUCAUCAGUAGAGGGAGUAGCUGGGAGUGGGGAGCGCAGUGAAGGUAGGGCAGAGUCUUCUACGCGACUCUCUCGAGUCCUGGAGGUGAUGAAGAAAGGGCGGUCAACAAGCAGCCUCAGCUCAUCCUCACGCAGCGAGUCGGAGCGUCCUGAACCAGCCUGGCACCUUAAGAUCACAGAACGGUUCAAGUUCAGGUUACGCACAUCUGCUGAUGAUAUGUUCACCCAGAAGAACCGAACUCCAGACGCUCGUGGGAAGAAGAAGAACAUCCGCCGGAGGCACACCAUGGGGGGGCAGAGAGACUUCGCAGAGCUGGCGGUCAUCAAUGACUGGAGGGAGCAGGGUGGCGUGGACCAGGCAGCCGAGCUGUCGGCUCUAGACCAGCUCAAGCCGCGAUGUUCCUCUCAGGACCUCUCCAUCCGGGACUGGAUCACUAGAGAGCGGUGCAGAGGCUCCAGUUCGAGCGUGGAGGUUGCUCCCAAAGCCGUCCCUGAAGAUGAUCAACCAGAUGCCCAGGAUGUAGCUCCAGAAAAACCUCCUCCUUGUGCAUCUGCGGGCACACAGCUGCUGUCGGGUGAGCACGUUAACGGUAGUGGGCUACAAGGCAAAAACAAAGCCAGCCUCGGGGCAGAUGCUCACCCACACAAACUGUCUGGAGCACAAGUUGUCCGCUCACGGUUCUACCAAUAUCUGUGAAACUGCAAGAGUGGUCUUGUCUAACGUAUUUGUAUAGAUUUUUAUUAUUUUUUGUUUUUUUAAAGAAUGAGUGCAUAAACGUAUGAAUGUGAGCAUUUUAGCUAAGGUUACUGCACAAUAUUUUUUCUACAAAGUAUACUUAAUGUAUCUACUGUACAUACUGUGUAUAGGCUCAUGUUAUUGUUACUGGUUGAAGAGAUGUUUAUGUGUGAAAUUCCACCGACAUGUUGGCUAUACUGGAACAGAUGUGGGAAAAAAAAAAAAAUAACAACUCAGACUUCCUCCUGCCCUACUAAUACAAGAAUGUGACUUUUUUUGUUGAUUUGUGGUGUUAAUAGGACAGAAAUGGACUCUCUGUAUUGUUAUACAGCACUAAAAGAAGAGUCAGCCCGACUAUGAGAAUGCAGGAGGAAGAAUAAAGUUCAGUUCUUCCUGUGAUAAGCGGUAUGAAGAAUGUAUUGCUCUCUUUGGACUAACACUAGUUGCUUGUGACAAUAUUGUCAUUUUCAAAACAAUAUGUAUGUGUUUUUAUUUGCCUGUACUUGAAGUAUGUGGAUGUAACUGAAGGCUGCUUUCUGUGCUGGGUGCUGUGGGAAGUUUGUUUUUUCACAGUACAGUCACAACAGCCAGAUAUUAGCUUGAGGGACUGGAGGAUUAUUAUAGUUAUAUCAAAUAAAGACUGAAAAAAAACAGUAAUGAAAUGCUGAUACUAUAGUAUGUAUUGCUUGGUACAGUAGUUUUUUAUUUCCAAACAUUGUCUGAUUAUAGUCCAAAAAGUAAGUUAUUACAUACGUUUGAAUUCAGCAAGAAAAAGUGCCUCUUUUUUCCCCUCCUUUUUUUAAAACUGUUUUUACCAACAGUUGUCAAAGAUGGGAAUACAUUUUCCAAAAUAUUUUUAGGAGAGAAUAACCUCACAGGCAUUCCAGAGACUUUUCAUUUAGGUUUGUGGUUUUUCCUAGUUAAACCCACAACGACAUCAGAGCAUUCAAAUUUAUGUCCAUGUCUUUGUGUCAUUGCUCCACCAAACCCCCUGACCUCCUUUUUUUGAAGUGCAGUAAAAUGUAUGGGUGCUUAAGACCUGGGAGAAAAAAAAUAGAUAAAUAAAACAACAAACCCAUCUUUAAAAACUGCAUGAGACGAUGUUUUCUGAACAGUGAAUAUCUCGCCUGUGUAGCGCAAAACGUGGGUGCAUUGCCCUCCCUCAACAAACACUGGAAAUAAAUAAUCUUUAUUAAAUUUUUGCAUCUCUUUGGCGUCAUCCUUGCUGCGUUUAACCUAACAUGGCACACUGAUUUACUGAAAGCUGAAUUGCUUUGGGUUUUAUAUAUAUAUAUAAAUAAAAGCAGCUGUUGUUUGUUUUGUUUUAUGAGUGUGAUUGUUAAGGUGGUGUGAAAUUCAAUACAGAAUUUUAAAAACCUGAUCCUUACAGACUUAUCCUUAUUAUUUAUCCAUAGUGCUGGAAGGAUAAAAUUGAGGUAAGCUUCAGGUGGUUACCAGUAUAUAACAUAAGAAAAACUUUGAUUUUCCAAAUAUAAAAGCAACCAGCAUCUGCAAUGGAAA